AAUCCGACUGUUUACCUUGGUUCAAGUACUUCUCAGUAGUCCUUUGAAUUAUUCUUGAUUACUAUCAACCUACCAUGUCUUUAUCAAAACAUGUCAAGCCCGAGCAACUUCUCAAAUCUGUUAAAGAACAUAAACAUCAAAAAUUGACUGAGAGAGAGAACCAUCAUCAGGUUGCAAACGCUUACGGCUCUCGGUAUUUGAACCAAGAAGUACCAAAGUACCAACUCCCACACACAGGUAUCAAUGCAGAUGCGGCCUACCAGCUUAUUCAUGACGACCUUGAAUUGGAUGGAAGAGAGACAGCAAAUUUGGCUAGUUUUGUUCACACCUGGGCUCCCGCUCAAGCCACUAAGCUUUGUAUGGAGAAUAUUGGAAAAAAUCUUAUUGACCAGGACGAAUAUCCCCAAACACAGGCUCUUCACACGCGCUGCGUGUCAAUGCUCGCGCAUUUGUGGCACGCACCAGAAUCUAAAAAUGCGAUUGGAACGGCAACCACGGGAUCAUCUGAAGCUAUCCAAUUAGGUGGGUUGGCCAUGAAGAAAGCCUGGCAAGCCAAACGCAAAGCAGCUGGGAAAUCUAUCCAUGAACCAGGGCCUAAUAUUGUGAUGGGAGCAAACGCUCAGGUCGCUUUAGAAAAAUUUGCAGCUUACUUCGAUGUGGAGACGAGACUAGUACCUGUGUCGGAAGCAACUAACUACUGCCUUGAUCCCAAACGGGCUAUGGAAUAUGUUGACGAGAACACCAUAGGAGUAUUCGUGAUUCUCGGAAGUACCUAUACUGGUCAUUAUGAACCAGUCAAAGAGAUGUCAGACCUGCUCGACGCCUAUGAAGCUGAAACGGGUAUAUCGGUUCCAAUCCAUGUGGAUGGAGCGUCAGGAGCUUUUGUCGCACCGUUUGCUCAUCCUGAUUUAUUAUGGGACUUCAAGAUUCCUCGAGUGGUUUCUAUCAACGCCUCUGGGCAUAAGUUUGGCCUCACCUACGUAGGCUGUGGUUGGGUGGUCUGGCGUGAUCACGCACACUUACCCAAAGAAUUGGUUUUUGAAUUACAUUAUUUGGGAUCAGUGGAAUAUUCAUUUUCGUUGAAUUUCUCACGACCAGCACAUCCUAUCAUCAACCAAUAUUUCAACUUUAUACAACUCGGAUUUGAAGGAUAUCGAGGGAUUGCCUUGAAUGAUCUGUCCAAUGCUAGAUUAUUAUCUCGGGCCUUGGAAAGAAGUGGAUAUUAUAAGGUGAUAUCCGAUAUUCACCGCAAGAAGACUGAUGUUGGGAAACCUCGCGAUCAAACGCAUGGCUGUACUGAUGCUCAAUACGAGGAAUUUGUCCCUGGAUUGCCUGUUGUUGCCUUUUGUUGGACUGAUGAAUUCAAAGCCAAGUAUCCCGGCUUGAAGCAAAAAUGGAUUCAAACGUUGUUGCGCGCCAGAGGAUGGAUUGUGCCAAAUUAUGAACUCCCCCCUGAGCUUGAAAAGCAAGAGAUUCUACGAAUCGUCGUUAGGGAAUCUUUCUCUCAGGAACUCGUUGAUAACGUCGUUGUUUCAAUUAUGGAGGUUACAGAAGCCCUGGUGAGCAACCUUACCCGCUCUUUCUACCGACUAAAAGAGUCGACAUCGUAUGAUAUCUAA